AUGCCGCGACAAAAAGGUGUGAAGUUCCAGCACCGCGCGAACAGCAACAGCAACAGCGACCACAGACGCAAGAACUCCUCAACCGCAAGCGAGAGUUCAUCCGACCCUCCCAGCCCUACCAAAGACCACGAUUCCAAGAGGAACGGAUCUGCUGAUAAGACGGAGAAGCCCAGCGAACAAUCCGAAUAUGAGAAGAAGAAGGCCACUUUUAUCACCAGGACAAUAUGGACCUUGGCUAUGAUAUCCGGCUUCUUUGGAGCCAUGUUCGCUGGGCACAUAUAUGUGCUUAUGGUCAUCACCGCCGUCCUGAUAAUAUCCUUCAAAGAAGUCAUCGCGAUUGCUCAAGUCCCGACGAAGCAGAAGAACCUUCCUCUCACAAAGUCUUUGAAUUGGUAUUUCUUCGCAAUCACCAUGUACUUUGUGUAUGGCGAGAGCGUUAUCUAUUACUUCAAGCAUAUUCUCUUGGUCGAUAAGGUUUUGCUUCCCUUUGCGACGCAUCAUCGCUUCAUCAGUUUUACCAUGUACAUUUUUGGCUUCGUGUUCUUCGUAGGAUCCCUUCAGAAGGGUUAUUACAAGUUCCAGUUCACCCAGUUUGCAUGGACUCACAUGGCACUGUUCCUCAUCGUCAUACAGGCUCAUUUCAUGAUGAAUAAUGUUUUGGAAGGUCUUAUCUGGUUUUUCCUGCCGGUUUCCCUGGUCAUCACCAACGAUAUCUUCGCUUAUAUUUGCGGAAUUACCUUUGGCCGUACUCAACUCAUCAAGCUCUCUCCAAAGAAGACUGUCGAAGGCUUCGUUGGAGCGUGGAUCUGCACCAUCAUAAUCGGAUUCGCUCUCACCAACCUUUUGAUGCGAUACAAAUACUUCAUCUGCCCCGUAAAUGACCUUGGGGCAAACAUUUUCACUGGUUUACAAUGUACACCAAACCCUGUCUUCACCCCUCGACCGUGUAAUCUCUUUCAUUGGGCUGGAAUCGAUCAUGUCUUCUGGAUCGCCCCCAUACAAUACCAUAUCCUCAUAUUUGCUUCGUUCGCAUCUUUGAUUGCUCCAUUCGGAGGUUUCUUCGCAUCCGGACUGAAGAGGACUUUCAAGAUCAAGGACUUCGGCGACAGUAUCCCUGGUCAUGGUGGUAUGACCGAUCGAAUGGACUGCCAGUUCAUCAUGGGGGUAUUCUCUUACAUGUACUAUCAAAGUUUUAUUGCCGUCUACAAAGCGAGCGUGGGCAGUGUCAUCGAAACUGCCAUCAUCGGCCUGACAGUCGAAGAGCAGAUUGAUGUUGUAAAAGGGCUUUCUAAAUACCUAUACAACCAGGGAAUUGUCUCAGGAGAGGUUUUGAAAUGUCUCGCUGAUGAACUACGACGGAAACGAUAA